UUAUACGUCUAAAAAAUGUUAUUGGCUGUUCUAAAAAUUGUUUUUGAUCGUCUUAUUUUAAGUGGAAACACUGCAAGCUAUUUCUGCUGCUACUGUGCUUUUUUAUUUUAUCUUUUUUUUUCUUUUUUAUUACACUUAUAUAAUAUCAAGCUUCCCUUUUUAUUUUUCUAUUUCUUCAUUUCUUUUCUUUUAUAUCUUUAUAUUUGUAUCUAUAUUUAUAUUUAUAUUUAUACAUAUAUACAUACAUAUAUACAUACAUACAUACAUACAUACUAGACAGGAAAAGAAAAGAAAUAAAGCGAAAAAUAUUAAUAAAAAAAAAA